AUGAAUUCUAGCUAUGCACAGAAAUAUGGACUGCCGAAGUAUAUAGCAAUAUCAGAUUAUCUUUUCCAUCGGCUUAACCAGCUGAACAUACAUACCAUAUUUGGACUUUCUGGAGAGUUCAGCAUGCCACUGUUGGAUAAACUCUACGACAUCCCAAACUUACGAUGGGCUGGCAAUUCUAAUGAGUUGAAUGCUGCCUAUGCAGCGGACGGAUACUCACGACUCAAAGGUUUGGGAUGUCUCAUAACAACCUUUGGCGUAGGCGAGUUGUCGGCAAUCAAUGGCGUGGCUGGAUCUUAUGCUGAGCAUGUAGGAAUACUUCAUAUAGUGGGUAUGCCACCAACAAGUGCGCAAACAAAGCAACUACUGCUGCACCACACGUUAGGAAACGGUGAUUUUACUGUAUUCCAUAGGAUAGCCAGUGAUGUGGCAUGCUAUACUACUUUGAUUGUUGAUUCUGAACUAUGUGCCGAUGAAGUAGAUAAGUGUAUAAAAAUGGCUUGGAUCGAACAGAGACCAGUAUACAUGGGCAUGCCUGUUAACCAAGUGAACCUCCCGAUUGAAUCAGCAAGGCUAAAUACUCCUCUGGAUUUACAACUGCAUAAAAACGAUCCAGACGUAGAAAAAGAAGUUAUUACUCGAAUAUUGAGCAUUAUGUACAAAAGCCAGAACCCUGCAAUCAUUGUUGAUGCAUGUACAAGCAGACAAAAUUUAAUCGAAGAGACUAAAGAACUUUGUAGUAGGCUCAAAUUCCCCAUAUUUGUCACACCUAUGGGUAAGGGCACAGUGAACGAAACAGAUCCACAGUUUGGAGGUGUAUUCACAGGCUCCAUAUCAGCUCCAGAAGUUAGGGAAGUAGUCGAUUUUGCGGAUUUUAUUAUCGUCAUUGGUUGCAUGCUAUCCGAGUUUAGCACAUCGACUUUCCAUUUCCAAUACAAAACCAAAAAUUGUGCAUUACUAUAUUCUACGUCUGUAAAACUAAAAAAUGCUACAUACCCCGACCUAAGCGUAAAACUACUGCUACAAAAACUACUAGCAAGUCUAGAUGAAUCUAAGCUAUCCUACAGACCAAGUGAACAACCUAACAUGAUGGUACCAAGACCUUAUCCGGCAGGCAAUGUUCUUUUGAGACAAGAAUGGGUUUGGAAUGAAAUAUCUCGUUGGUUCCAACCAGGGGACAUAAUCAUAACCGAAACUGGUGCUUCUGCAUUCGGGGUUAACCAAACCAGAUUUCCGGUAAAUACACUGGGCAUAUCUCAGGCUCUUUGGGGAUCUGUCGGUUAUACAAUGGGGGCGUGCCUUGGAGCAGAGUUUGCAGUGCAGGAGAUCAACAAAAAUGAGUUUCCCCCAACUAAACAUAGAGUUAUUCUGUUUAUGGGUGACGGUGCUUUUCAAUUGACGGUUCAAGAAUUAUCUACAAUUGUUAAGUGGGGUUUAACACCUUAUAUUUUCGUGAUGAACAAUCAAGGUUAUUCUGUCGACAGGUUUUUACACCACAGAUCCGACGCCAGCUAUUAUGAUAUUCAGCCUUGGAACUACUUAGGAUUAUUGCGUGUGUUUGGUUGCGCGAAUUAUGAAACUAAGAAGAUAAUCACUGUUGGAGAAUUUAGGUCCUUGAUCAAUGACCCCAAUUUUGCUAUUAAUGACAAAAUUCGAAUGAUAGAGAUUAUGCUGCCACCAAGAGAUGUUCCCCAGGCUCUGCUUGAUAGAUGGGUAGUGGAGAAAGAGCAGAGUAAACAAGUGCAAGAGGAAAACGAAAAUUCUAGUGCAGUAGAUACACCAACACCAGAAUUCCAGCCGCUUUUGAAAAAAAUUAAACUAGACACAGAUUUGAUUUCUCCCCCUUACUAUCAAGGACCAUAA